UUAGCUUUCCUAAAACAAAUUCUACAAGUUUUGAAUAUGAUAGUUAAUCGGAAAUCAUAAUCCUUCUAUCUGACACGGCGUCCAUAGCAACUUAUAAAGUCAUGUCGGUAUUAAACGUUGUCUCGUUCAUUGAUCUGUCCAGCCAAGGGUAGCUUCCUGUGUAACACGGUCUUUUGUAAUGAAAAGAAAGCAAUUUCACUGCAGACACAGGGGAGUCUGUUGUUUGACAAUUUAUUUACUUGGACAUGCCCUACUGUGUUUGUGGAGACCUAUAGAAAUAAUCUAGAAUGUGGCCUUUUAUGUCGCCAAGCCAUAAUAUAUUCACAAGUUCCCUAGCAUAGAUUGGCAAACAGGCUGAACACUAAUGUAAUAAGUGAACAUGCUCUGAAAAUGCAGGGAUUUAUAGUGACAGGUUUCAUUCCUGCAAAUGUCACACAUUCCAUUCAGAAUAUGUAUGUUUAGUGCUUACUAAAAUGAAGCCAGCCAAGUCGGGAUAUAUUGAUGUUCGGAUAAUAUCAUCGGCAGUGAUUCAUUACUGACAAAGUCGAACAGUGGUCGGAUAAUUAUAGAUUAAAUAGCCUAUGCCUAUUUAGAUCUGCCUCACAUAUAAUAACAUCUAUUUGAUUAACCGUGUGUUUCGUGAGAGAUCCAGUACGGAGAUCUAGGGAAUUUAGAAUUCCGGACUUUAUAUCUAAUUAUACCUUUUCAAAGUGAAUAGAUAUACAUAGAGUUAUACACACACCACUUACAGGUGAAUGAGACGGAUAACACUUAUGUGACAUGUAUAUAUACCCAGUAAAACUGUCGCUCACCUUGGAUAUUUAAACGGGAUUUACUUUUCUGAUAAGGAAUACAAUUCUACGGUUGUGAACACCUUAAAUCAUGUGCAAACAGUUGGAGUUUUUAUAUAUAUUGUUAUAACAAGUUUCUCUUCUACUUUGUUAAAUGUUGAAGCGUCGAGCUGGAUUAAGUAAUGGAUUUUUAGGAUGAAGAUAUCAAUGGUGAUAUGUAAUAUCUUUGACUGAAGACAUUUUAAUAUCUAAUACUGAACUUGAAGUGAAUUCUUGAUGUGUGUUCGGUGGUGGCAUGUAUGGGAUAUUAUAUCACAUUCGUCUACAUAAAAGAGAUAAACAUAUCUUAUUCGUCGGAUUAUAAUAUAAAACCACACUUCGCUGUGUAAGUAAGGCAAUACAGUAUAGUCUUUUUAUUACUUUAUUUCAUCAUUUUCAAAUGGAUAAAGGAGGACAAACAGAGACUGGUGGUCGAGAGUGUCGACAUUCCAAGCCCCGAAAUAAGGUUCCCGUUAAAUCUGUGUCGGAGCCUGAACCUCUACAGGAUGAUGACCAACAGAUCGGGAUCAUCAAAGAGGAAACGGAAGAAGAACUGGCAUUGUUGGAGUCGUCGGGGCGACCAAUGACGGGAGGAAGUCAUCGGCCGAUGUCAAGUGUGUCGACCAUCCUCAGUCGUCCGGGGAGUCGGUACACACGGCCAAGUACAUCCAAGUCCCGCACAUCUUCAGUCGAAACUCACUCAGGGGCAGCUUCACCAACAAGACGGACGAUCAGUCGAGCCAGCAGUCGUAAGUCGCGCCCAGCCAGCAGUGGUUCACGCCUGGAGACGGGGCACAGCUCCGACAGCGACACAGACAAUGAGGACGUCACACGACACAAACCUCAUCUGGAGGUCGACUUCGCCACCGUGGAUAUCACGGACGAGAAGGCAUUUGAUACGGAUCUCGAGAUCGAAGUGCCUUCCUACGGGAGUCACAUGGAAAUGAUCUCGGACUUCCAGGCUCUCCGCCUGUCCUAUUGUAUGGACAGCAGCCUCAAGUUCAUAUCCGACAUGAACGAUGUCUAUAAAACCAUCAAAUGUGAUAUUACAAUGGAACAAACUACAUCAUAUGACCGCACUGGUCGGACAGCAUACAUCGAAGGUUGUAAAAAGAUGGGUGUGGUACCUGCCUCGUAUUUCCUGCGUCAUAUGCAUGACACUAACCUCAGUAUGAAACACCAUGGGCUUGGAUCUAUGGGCAUGAAGCCCAUAGCAAUGUCUCUCAUGACCAACACGCAGAUUGUGAAGCUAGACCUGAGUGACAACUGGCUAGGCCACCAUGGAGGGCUGGCAGUAUGUGAGAUGCUCAAGGAAAACUGCUUCAUCACUUUCCUCGAUUUAUCAGAUAACAAAUUUGGUACACGCAUGGCGGAGCACUUAGGGAAAAUCCUGAAUUCUAACUCCACGCUGACACACGUUGUACUGGCUGGUAACGACUUUGAUGAUACGGCUGCUGUGUCCUUUGCUGAUGUUAUCAUGAAUACGACAAAGAUCGAGCAUUUGAAUCUGAGUCGGAACGUGUUUGGUGAGUUAGGGGGUAUGUUGCUGGGACCCGCCAUUGCUGAGAACAGCUCACUCAAGGAACUAGACCUCAGCUGGAAUUCUCUACGCAGGAAGGGUGCUAUAGCUGUCGCACAAGGAAUUAAGCAUAAUAUAUACAUGAAGAAAAUUAGCCUGUCAUGGAACGGGUUUGGACUGGACGGGUCAGUAGCGAUAUGUGAUGCUCUCAAGAAUAACCAGACGCUGGAGGAGAUAGAUUUAACGAAUAACCGAAUAACUGCUGAAGGAGCUGUGAUAAUAGGAAAAGGACUGUCUGUAAAUGAAACGCUUGUUUCUAUAAAAAUGGGUAAAAAUCCUAUGCAGAGUGCAGGGUGUUACGGAAUCUGUGCUGCCAUUUUACGCAAUCCUAACAGCAUUAUGAAGGAGCUAGACUUCUCUGAUAUUCUUGUGAACAAUGACUUUAAUGAUAUUUACAAACAAGUCCAAGAACAGUGUCCUGAAUUGAAAUUAAAACAUGGGGGAAUGGAACCCCCUAAGAAACCAAAGAAGCCUGUCCACCCGAUGGUGAAGCUGGCCAACUACAUACAGAAAAACAACCUCAGGCUCGUAGACUUCUUCAACAAGUUUGAUAAGGAUGGAAGUAUGAGCGUCACGUACGAAGAAUUCCAGCAAGGCAUAGAGGAGACGGGUAUCAAGCUGUCGAGUGAUGAGGUCAGUCAGCUACUACUGGAGCUGGACAGCGAUGGGGACGGUGAAAUUAACUACAGUGAGCUGGUGAUAGGUCACACAGGAUUCCAGGAGCAACAAGACUCCAUCAACACCAUCUUGACCGCCACGCAGCCCAGACCGAUGACCACUUAGUACUGGAAAAAGUCAUGUGAUUCGCCUCAUCCACAUUGACCACCAACCACUACAAGCACCUGUGUUAGACGGGCAACACACAUCCUGCUGUUUUCAUUAGAUCAGGUUCUUCAGGUUGACCAAGGUCACCAUUCCAUGGCCUUGACCCACAUUAUAUGGCCUUGACCACAUUAUAUGGCCUUGACCCACAUUAUAUGGCCUUGAUUCUGAUGAAAGCAUUAAAUUACAAUGCAAAGAUAUAGAACUAUCAGUUGUUCUUGUAAUUUCAUCAGGUGAAAGAGGAAUAUGUCUACAGCAAAUGACUCAUCUGUGUGACCUUGUUAUGACCUUUAUCAUGUGUAACCUUGACCUUUAUAAAACAUUUAGUGUUUGACAGAGUAGAGUCAUAUACAAGGAGAUGUAUGAACACUAGACUGCGAAACAUUGUGUCAAGGACAGAUAACUCCCUUGGUUGUGCCACAAGGGAGAUAACCAGUGUUGUUGAAAAAACUGUUGUGCGUAUAGUGCAAAGACAACUUUGGAAGAAAAUAUUUUUUUGUAUUGAUAAAAUGCACUUAAAUAUUUGAAUAGAAUCAAGUGUUUCUUACAGCCAAACAGAAAAUGUCCGUUUUGAUUAUUAUGAUUUCAACUGUAAACAACCGUGUGUUUAUGUAGCUGUAAGUUAUUUUGAAGUAUGAUCAAGUGAUGUUACAAAUGUAUUUAUAAAUAGCCAUACUUAAUCCUGCUUGUGUAAUGUUCAUGUUUCUGGUCUCAUAAUCUUCUCCAGUCAGCAAUGAAACUGAAAGAGUUUCAUUGAUUGAGCGAAGGUAUUGGGUUUCAGGGUCCAACAUUUUCUAUAGGGAGUUUUUUUUAAUUACACUAAAUGCUUUCUCAGCUCCAUUUUAUACAUUACAUUUUAGUUGUAAACUGUUACUGUAUUGCAGGUUGUUUUUGCACGAUUUUACAGCAUUAAUUUGAAAAUAUUCCAUGUUUUGAAAAGUAAUGAAAAUUUUUCACUUGUAUAUAUAUAUAUAUAUAUAUCUUAGAUUAAACAUUUGCAAUCAUGUCUGUGAUAACGAAAUCAUGAAAAAUGUUAGAAUAAUCAUCGUCAGUGAAACUUAAUAGCACAUAUCUCUGUAAACUCAUGAGAAUAUAUCUCCCGUUACAAUGCCAGAUCACUUGAAGUAACAUGUAAAUAUAUAAUCUCUAGUGUGAACUAUGUUACUUAAGAUUAAUUUGUUUCUUCAAAUAUUUCUUUAUUUGGGGGAGGGGGGCUCUAGCAGGUCCCAGCAGAUUUGAUGUAGCAGUAAGUUCAAUAGUAUCCAUGGUAACAGGUGCAUUUCGGGUCCUGUCACCAUGCAUUACAAUUUCAUUUACCAUACUUCAGAAAUUUAAUUUGUUAAAAUCUCAAGAUACCUACUGUAUACCAGGAAAUGUUGGCCUUGUUUUAUUGAUACCCCACACUGAUGUCCUAGUUUAGAUUUAUAACAUCACAGCUACUGAGUAUUGUUACUGUACAUUUGUAUAUGAUGUAUAAGCUUAAGGUGUGUAGUGAUAUUCGCCAUCAUGAUAAAUUCACCAUCUUUGCCGAGAAAGAGAAUUUUGAAAUUUCAACUGUGUCAAACAUUUUCUUAUAUACAGUUCUUAUUACAUAAAAAUGAGACAGCAAUAUAUGCGAUCUUUAGCAAUUUCUUAAGCAAUUCUUAAUUUACAUAACACUAAUAGUUCUUUCUUAUAGUGUAUUUUACUUCAGUUCUUACUAAGUGCAAUUUCUUUCCAUUUUAGUUGUACUUAGUGCAAUUUCUUACCAUUUUAGUUGAUUUUCUCUUUGUGCAAUAGGGUAAUAGAACAAGAUUGUAGGAUGAUCACACCACACCCAACAUAGGACCGAAGUUAUUGCUCAAUCUAUAAUCCGAUCAACCUCAGACACAUUUAAAUAUACCUGUAUUUGUGAUAAACAGGUGUUUUUAUGAUUAAUUAUUUAGCCAGGUAGUACUGCAAGAUUCCAUCCAUCAAAAUGAAAGAAUUGAAAAAAAAAAGAUACUGCCCAUUCUUUAUCUAUAGAAGCGUUUUAAUGUAUGACUUCCUCAGUUUGAUUUGUCCAAGCUAUUUCAAAUAGAAAGUCUUUAUGUGUGUGAUUAUCUUUGUAUUAUAGGUCAAAUGGUGGUGCAUUACUUGUAUCUUGUUUGGUUUUUUCUUUUUACUGAUUUCCUCAAAAUUUUAUGAUUUUAGACUGUACAUAUUUUCGCCUCAUUCCUAUCUCUUAUAGUUUGAUGAUUGAACGUCAGAUUUUUUUCCUUUUCAAUAUUAGGUAGUGUUUUCCAGCAAUAUGAUGAAGGCCUCUUUCAGUAUUACACGUUACAGUAUUGCUUCAACGAUUACACCGUCAGAAGGACAUCUCAGUAUCAGUAUUGUGUGUACGUAGCAGCCGACCUCUCACGCUGCCGGCCGUGGUAGUGCUAACCAAAGUGUGUCUUUAGCAUUACAAUAAACGCUUCUGUCAUUGUUGGUUAUUUACAAAAUCAUUGCUGCCCAAAUCGUUCAUGUAUCUUUUAACUCAUUCACCCCUGAUGACACAUUUGAAUUCUUCCAAUUCAAAGGACGGAAUAGUCCAUUAUGAAAUUUCAGGGGUAAAUGAGCUAAACAUUUGUAUUUUUUCAUUUUUAAAAUAGAAAUUGAUUUCUUUUCUGGUGAGAGAGCCAUCUUGAAUUUAUAUAACUCACAGAUUGUCAU